ACUGACCUGUGCCAGUGGUGUCCUGAGGCAGGUGUGAGGGGUGCGCGCUGCACCGUGUGACACCUACCAUACGGGGUGACACCGGCCCCUCUCCACGAAAAGGUAAGUUGUAAAGAAAGCUAAUGAUCCCCACAGGAAGGAUCGGAUCUGCGGAUGGAGCAUAAUGGAUCAGAGUCUGAUCCAUUAUGCUCAAUCCUCAGAUCUGAUCCAUUCUGCGGAGAUCGUCGGAGGGGGUGUCACCAAGUGUUACUGCAUCGGGUGACACCAAACCUA